AUGUCUUUGCUUAUAAAACUAACCAUCGUAGUUGUAGCUUUCAUCUCACAUGAACAUGAAGCCAUAGCCCAAUUUCAACCACCUUAUACUUCGAUCGUUAUUCCGGUUAGCAAACAUAUCGAUGCCGCUAAGCCUCUCUACAGCGCGAAGAUCUUGACUGUCUACGAAGAUUACACGCAAUACUUACCGUUAAACUUCCUUAUAGACAUCGACGCUCCUUUCAUAUGGCACGAGUGCGACCUACAAUGGAACCAUUAUCCCGGUAGUUGUCCGCCCAAUACACUUUGCAACUAUCCCAUUUCGUGUGAGGAAUAUCAAUGCGAAGAUGUGCGCACUACGUAUUCAUACGACAAUCCUUCCUGCCGACCCGUAAACAAAGGUCCAACGCUACCCGGUUGGGGAUAUUGUACAUGCCCGGUCACAGUGGUCAAUCCUGUUACCGGUUCGUGUGGCCAAGCCCUACUUAGCUAUGAUCACGAGUACACGGUGAGCACAAGUGACGGUAGAAAUGUUUUGAGUGGCUUAUAUGGUGCAUACCCUAAUGCGGCGUGUGCUCCUUCUUCGUCAUUCGAAUCAUUCCCAACAAAUGUUACCGGUGUUAUGGCGCUUUCGACCUCGCCUUACGCGUUGCCAACUUAUUUAAACGGUCCGCUUAAAAGCAUUAUGGCUUUAUGUUUGCCUAGCACCUUGUCGGUCCCCGGGGUUCUAUUUUACGGAAAUAGUUCUUAUUACCUUCUUCCCCAAUCAGACGUCGACGUAAAGAGUUUUCUAUCGUAUACUCCUUUACUAAAGCAUCCAUAUUCUUUCGGAUACUUCAUCGGUGUCAAUGCCAUUGUAAUAAAAAAGAGAUCCAUCGAUCUUCUUGCGAAUACGACUACCAAGCUUAGUACGAUUGACCCUUACACCACUCUACGAACCGACAUCUACAAUCAUGUCGUUCGAAGGUUUUCGUUGGUUACGAAGCGAAUCCCGCCUGCAGAGCCGAUCGCGCCAUUCGGCCUUUGUUUCAACACCUCGACAAAGGGUCCUAAGGUUAGUAUAAAAGUUCCUGAUAUUGAUUUCGUUCUUGAGGAGGGGAAGAAGUGGAGUGUAUCUACGGGUAACUCCAUUAAGCAAGUAACCGAAGACGUUGCAUGUUUAGCGUUUGUUGACGGUGGUGCAACGAGUGAGCCUGCAAUCGUGAUCGGAACGUAUCAGUUUGAAGAUAACUUUCUGGUGUUUGAUUUAGAGAAAUCGAGGUUUGGGUUCAGUUCUUCCUUGUUACGUAAGAAGACUUGUUGUGCAAGCUUCAACUUUACGAUGGCUACUUGAAGUUGCUUCGAAAAUGCAUGUUCAACUAAGAAUGGACGUG